AUGCAGGAUGUCCAUUUCCUCCGCUGGAAAACAGCAGCGGGAGUGGGAGGCAGCGCCAGGGGUAAAGUCAGCGAAGCGACACUUUUCCCGUGUCCCCGAGAGAAGAUACAUUCCAGGAAACACUCGGACGGAAAUAAUAAAGCGUCGGUGUCUUAUCGGCACAACCUCUCCUCUCAUGCCCGACGAGCCCGCCGGCACCGCGGCCCUGCCCGCUCUGAGCGGGAUGAGCCCGCCCUGCCCACGCCCGCAGCCCUCGCACCCGCUGCUCCCGGGCCAGCGCCGCCCGCCCUGCUCUCUCCCAGGGGCGGGCCCGUGCCAGCGCCGCGCACUUCCCCCGCCUCUCCCUUCCGCUACGGGCCCGGCGCCGUGCGGCGGGAAGGAGGCGACGGCGGGCCCGCUCGGCCCGGCUGGGCCCGGCUCGGUCUCGGUCCCGGUCCGUGGCAGCGCUCCCCACCGGGCCUUGCCCGUCCGCCUCCAGCCGCCGGGAGAGGCCGCCCGCGCGCGCCGCUCCGUGCGCUCGGCGCCCGCCGCGCUGGGAAUAAAGGCGGGAGGGAGCGGCGGCGGCGGAGGGGGUGUGAGGGGGCACCUCCGGGGGUCGCGGGCGGCCCGGGGGGCGGUUGGGAGCGCGGCCAUGAAUGUAGGAGCGGCUGCGAGCGGUCCCGGUAUCUGCACCAGGAUGGCCGAGUGGUUAAGGCGUUGGACUUAAGAUCCAAUGGACGCAUGUCCGCGUGGGUUCGAACCCCACUCCUGGUUUGUUUUCCCUUUUUCCAGUUCCCAGCCCUUUGGAGGUUGCAUGCCAUCCCGGAAAGUCAGUGUAGCUCCACAUGCGCUGGGGUAUGGAAUGUCCGCAGGUGUCCCGCCUGCUGAGGUGUCCCUGGCUAACCCGGGACAGUGGUGGGAAGGUGAUCCCAACUUCUGGGGGAAUGGUCCCUCAUGCUGACUGUACCCUAAACUGUGCCAGGGCUUAAAGGUGAAGUUAAGCAGAAGGAGUGUGCCGGACUUUCAGACUGACCUUGUGCUUUUGUUUCAUUUGGCAGGACACACGAAUCAGUUGCUCUGCGUGUUGAGGUGUUUAAUUUGCUGGGACAUGGUUCUGUUGUCUGGGUUUUGUGGGUUUUUUCACAGAGUAGUAUCAUUAUCUUUGAUAUAUUUGAAGGUGUGGGAAGUAUAAAGCCAACACAUUUUUAAAUAGUAGUGUUUGUCAGAGCAUGCUGGUCAAAUUCUAACACAGGUAAAUGUGGUUAUUCCCAGCCACCCUGUUCCAAAUAAUUUGAUCUGAAAAAUUAUUUUGAACUUUCAGUCCAGAUAUAUCAUGUGAUGAUACAGACUAAUUAAAGGAUAAACACUCAAGAAAGGGAUAACAACUGAUGGCAGAGCUUCAAUGAAAUAUGAAAUAGAAGGUGAAAUCUGGCAGGAUAUUUUAUUCUAUGCCCACAUAAGAUGAUCUGGCAUCACACAUGUGAGCAUGGUGAAAACACAGAAAUAUGACAGUUCAAGAGUUACGGAGGGAAGCCUGGUGUGUGGGGAAUUUCUAGGAAAUGCAAGUAUGUACGAUGUCUUUUUUGAGUGUUACCACAAUAAAAUUGUAAAUGCAAAACAUA